GAGCUGUCACAUUUCCGUUCGGAUCGGGUGAUUCUUGGUUUUUGCUCAUCUUUCCUACAAAUAAGCGUAAAAUAACAAAAAAUGGCCAAGAAGACUUACGAUUUAUUGUUCAAACUGCUCCUCAUCGGCGACUCCGGCGUGGGAAAAACUUGCAUUUUAUUUAGAUUUUCGGACAACCAUUUCACGACCACUUUUAUUUCCACUAUCGGUAUCGACUUCAAAAUAAAGACAGUGGAGCUGCGGGGUAAGAAGAUAAAGCUGCAGAUCUGGGACACGGCGGGGCAGGAGCGCUUCCACACGAUCACCACGUCGUACUACCGUGGUGCCAUGGGCAUUAUGCUUGUAUACGAUAUCACCAACGAGAAAACAUUUGAUGACAUCGUCAAGUGGCUCAGAAACAUAGACGAGCAUGCAAACGAGGAUGUGGAGAAGAUGAUACUCGGUAACAAAUGCGACAUGGAGGAGAAGCGUGUUGUCAGCAAGGAGCGUGGAGAGGCGAUAGCGCGCGAGCACAGCAUCCGCUUCAUGGAGACUUCGGCAAAAGCUAACAUCAACAUUGAGCGCGCCUUCUCCGAGCUGGCGGAGGCUAUCCUCGACAAAACUGCCGGCCGCGGCACUGACAGCGACGCCGCCCGCAUCGCAGUGGAGCGCCGGCCGUCGCGCGCGCCGCAGCAGCGCGCCUGCUGCACGUAGGCCUCCCCGCACGAGGCCGCCGCCGGCCCCGCACCCCGGCACCCCGGGAGGCCGCGAGGCCGAGGGUGGUGAAGUGGCCGCGGACCGCGCACCCGGAUAGUUAUGAACGACAUUUUGGUGGCCCCAAAACUACAUCGCCGUUACUACACUGAGUUCGUUUGAGGGACAGUACAAGUCUUAGGUUGUAAAUGUAUAGUUGUGACAUUCGUUUUCUGUAAUAAACAAUUAGGAACUCUUUCAUGGUUGAAAAUCGAGCUUGAGCACGAAAUGUCUACAAAUAUUUUUACCGGACACUUGUACCGUUCCUGAAAUGAGACCUAAAACAAGCAAUUUAUUUUUAAAGGAUAAACAGUUUUGUACACACUAUAGGCCACUUUAAAUUAGUAAGAAGUGCAGAGGGCGGUCAGACAGUAGCUUUCGAUAAUAUUUAUAUGUAACUGUAUAGGUAAUGCUUUGUUAUGUUAAAGUAGAGAUGGCCAACCUAGUUCAAAUUUAAUCAAUUUAUUAUAUCCAUAUAAUUUUGGUGGCCGGUAAUGUUCACAUAUAUUUUUAAAGCAAGAUUUAAAAGGUUGGCCAUCCCUACGUUAGAGCUUGCGUACAGCGAGUGGACGUCUAGUCGCACUUCGGUGCCGGGCUUACUUGGAAGCGGUCGCUUGGUUUGGUGUUAGGUUUGUCAUGUUUUUAAAGUUAUAUAUGCAAAUGGUCUGAAAUAUGAAUUUUACUUAGAGCGACACAUUUAAAUGACUACUACCAAAAAAAAAUCUUAUCUAAAAGUCACGUUUGGAUAAUGUUCAUGCCUUAGGGUGGUAUUCCACCUGUCCAAUAUUUGAUCAAAUGUGCAUCGCGUCUCACUCUCUCAUUAAGCAAAUUGUGAGACGCAAAUACAAAUUUGAUCAUAUAUUGGACAGAUGGAAUACCACCCUUCGGUGUGCAUAUAUAUCGUCAAUUAACACAUUCAAUACCACUAAGUGCUACGGGUUACGCUCGUAGCGCGUAGCCACGGUUUCGUCGUAUGUAGCGCGUAGUCGCUACGAACAGUGUACCCGACAGUCGGGUUCUUGGUGUUGAAUGUGUUAAGUGUGUUGGUGAAAAAAUCAAAAGCGUUUUUUUUUGUCAAAAUAGUGUCGUACUAGCUUGCGUUUUGUGCUUAAUUUUUUUGGGUUUGAGUUAGGUUGUCAAAAAAAUGCACAUUUAUUUUAGUACUCAUAGCCCAAACACGCCGCUUUGUAAAGUAAAUGUCAUAAUAUUGUACGGUGUUAAACGGUUAAGGUAUUCUACAACAAGACGAUCUGUCUGUACAUAAUCGCUGGAAAAUGCACUUUGUGUCAAUCGUUUAAGGUUCAUAUCGGAGGCGAAACGAUUGUAUAAGAAUAACACGCAUAGUUUUAGAUUUUUCUAUGCUAUCAAUUAUUAGUCUUAAAUUCUACUUAUUGUUGUGUAUACUAUGUGUAUGUCAAGCGAGAGAAUGUGAAUAUUGCUAGCGUUUUCGGCUUUCGUGCAGAUAAAAAAGGGUUCUACAUACUGCUUCUUAAAGCCUUUUUUACCUGGACAGACUCAUAAUGUUAAGAUUUAUUUGGUUAUUACAGUAACGAAAAUGUGUAUAUUGUGCAAUAAAUAAUCGCUAUAAUCAAUAGCUUGAAAGAUACUGUAUCUCCAGAAAAUCAAUAUCAUGUAUUUUGAUUGAAAAGUUGAACAAGGGAUGCACUAUUAUAAGAUUUAUAAGGGUACGUUUACAUUGAGCUAUUAGUUUGAAUAAAACGUAAAGCGGGAGUACUGUCAGCUACUAAAGUAGCUACAUGAUAUAACUUCAGUUGACUGUACUUAUAAACUUGCCAAUGUAAACGCGCCUAAUACUUUUAUAAAUUGUCUGAAAACUACUCAUGAAACGCAGAUCAAGUCCGCUUUGGUAAACAAAUACAUUUAAAACGGUUUUUAAGGCAUUUAUGUAUCUAUAAUGCGUAGAAUUAUUUAAACUGCUUUGUAAGAAAAUAAAAAGAACAUCUAGAAAAUCGACUUGGAUUUUAGUUUUUACUAGCUGGGCAAAUCCGAGCCAAGAAUCUCGAAAAUUAAUAUCAAUCACGUUGACUUUUUUGAUUGGCUAAUAAUCUAAUUUCUGUUUGUUUUGGUUAUUCAGACAUGUGUAUAAUGUAAAAAAAGAAUCGUUUUAACCAAGUUUUGGAUCGGAUAAGCUUAUGUGGGUUAUUGUAACGCAAAUGUAAAAUGCUACAUCAAAGACUUAACUGGUACAAACAGCAAAAUACUUCAACGACUUAUUUCAUUGAUAUGAUGUUGAAAUUGUCACAUACGUUUGGUAAUGUAAGGACGGGCAACGAUUAAAUUUUCAGUACCAUUUCUUACUUUGUCACAGUGACUAGUAUGAGGUCCCUAUCGACUUUCAUAUUGUUUGUCACUGUGACAAGGUAAGACACUGUCUAUUUCUGACCAAUUUUUUUACCGCUACAACUAUUUUACAUAACAUGCAAUAGUAUACUAUAUUAGAAUGUAUUAAGGUUAAUUUUAUACUGUAUCCUGUGUCAGCCAUGGCCGACUGUGGCGGUCAAUAUCAAUAUUGUCAAUAAAAUGAUGAGAUUUCAUGCACGUUUUACUUAAUUUAUGUUAGUAACGGACCAAGACUGGUCUUGCUUGUUACUUAAUGCAUUUUGCGAAGUCAUUCAUGAAACAUGUGAAAGUGGAAGACACUAGACUGAAAUCAAUACACGUUUUAUAUUUUUACAAACAGUAGAUACCUACGUUAAAAUAGACGUGGAUUGUAACUUAAAGUACCAACGUGGCGACGAUCAUUUUAAUAGUGACUCCCAUAUUCUUAUCGAUUUUACAUACGAAGAUACCUUUACUGACAAUUUUCAAGCUGAUUUUAGCAAUGAGAUUAGGAGAUGCCGACAUGGAACGUUUCAUGGACAUAAAUAUUGGGUACUCCGUGUAUAUUAUCGGUAGGUACCUAUUUAUUAAUGUCUAGUGUCUGGCCACUCAUAGAGUAACCGUAACAUAUCUCAGAAGCAAUACACUGCGCGUGAGUUAGCUUUAGAUCAGGGACAACUGACGUCGGCACUGCUAUUUAAAAUUAUGGCUUAUUACAACGUCUUUACGUCAUCAUUUGAAUGUCAAGGUUAUGACACUUAUGACUGACAAUAUGCUUUAUAGCAUUGAUUUAUUAUGAAUGUUAUUACCCGGCUGUAUAUAUUUAUCUCAAGAUUGUAUAAGGUUUACGUAUACAUAGCAACGCUUUUUCUGACUACUUUUCUAUAAUAUAUCUGCACGAAAAAGCUUUUAGAUCGGUCAGUAAAGUAAUUUUGUAAGUACGGUCUGUCUGACGAGUUGUUUAUGGAAUUAUUAUUCAUAAAUUAAUUUCAAUAUUGUCGUUGAUGUAAAUUAUUAUUCAAUAGCGUAUUAUUCAAUUUGUCUUACCAUACCCCAACCUCGAAAUAUUCUGUCAACAGCAAAAGUAACAAAUUAAGUGUAGAAAAUUCUGCACGUAGACUAUGAUUUUCGCUUAUCAAUCUUAUCAUAUUAAUAAUGUUAUUUUGAGUUACUUUUGCUGUUAUACCGUUAAAAAUGCGUGCUAUGCAUUAGGGUGAAGUGUCAAAUAAUUGAUUUUAUUUUCUAUCGUGCGAACUUUAUGUAACAAUUCAGAACUUUCAGCUAUUGCAAAAUAUACGUAAACUUAAAAUGCGCUCGAUAAAAAAUCGAAUGGAAAAUUUGACAUAUCGGCGUCGGCCCAUCGCACCUUAAUUCCUAUUUUAUCGUACGGUGUAUGUGUCGUCGGUUUUUACCUGCUUUUAUAAAUAAACAUCAGCAUUGUAUAUUAUGUUCAUAUUAAACUACCUAUCGUAA